CUCUCUCUCCGCUUAUCUAUCCCCGAAACCUCCGUCGACGGAGGCUGUCGUCCUCUCCUCUUCUUUGGCGGCGCAUCAGUCUCUAUCUACGCCAUCCCGAACCGGAGCUUCGAUUUUAUCCACUAAUUUCGAUCCAAUUAGAGGUGACUUUAUUAAUUUACAUCAAAGAUGUCUUCUUUGACUGCAAAUGCUAUAGCCUGCCCAGCUACGUUGCCAAUAGUGAGAACAGAGGUUAAAUCCAGAAAGCAAAUCGGGCAUAUUGGAUUUUGUCCAUUAGACUUCAAUCCACUUGUCACACAGUUUCAACCCUUUGAUAGAAGAAGACCCAUGUCACGUACUAUUGGAUUGGAGCCUGCUUCUAUAAUAUGUGCUGCUGCUUUGAAUGCAAGAUGUGGUGCAGAGCAAACCCAAACGGUUACACGACAGUCAUCAACCAUUACUGUUGCUCCUAUUCAAGGGAAGGAAAAGUCUCCGGAACUUGAUGAUGGUGGAACUGGUUUUCCACCCCGUGAUGAUGAUGGCGGAGGUGGUGGAGGUGGUGGCGGAGGUGGUUGGUCAGGUGGGUUCUUCUUUUUCGGCUUUCUCGCUUUCCUAGGCUUCUUGAAGGAUCAAGAAAGUGAAGGGCCUUACAGGGAUGAGAGAAGAAGAUGAGAGGAUUGUUUUGAAAUUGGGUCUGGAUUUUUCAGGUUGUCUCAGUUGUCGUGGUCGAUGAGGAAGAAAGAAAUGAAUGAAUUUCUUCUUAUAUCAAAUUAAUGGAUUUGUUGAUGUCUUGUAGUUUUAUGUUCUCUCUCUUUCUCUCUCACACACACACGCACACAGCACACACACAGACAUUUGGACUAGUGAUUAGGCUGGAGAAAAACCUCAAUUUCAGUGCAGAAGUAACAUUCAUGUAAAGCCAAUCCAAAGUUGUCUAUUGUUUUUGUAGCUAGAACACUAUAUAACGACGUGUGGGCAGCCUCCUAUGUAUUUGGUGCGUCUCUAUUGCUAUGUCUUUAUUACA